AUGGCCUCCUCCCUGGUGAGCAAACCGGAAGAGGUCCGUGUGGAAGAGUCCAACAUGGGUGGGCGGACAGUUUUCCGCCUUCAGGUAGCCCCCGAGGACAAGGCUCACCAAGCGUUGGAUAGCUCCCAUCCGGAACCCCCCGCCCCUGUUGUCGUUGCCCGCGUUUACCGCGCUCACAGCCGGGACGGCGCCCUCAGCGUCGAAUUGCUCAGCGACUUGCCAGGGCGCUUCGACGUAGGCCGCGAAUUGCUGGUCGAUGACGUCGCUUACUCGAUCGUGGAGUCGCGGCAGACCGGCCCGGAAACUGCGAUAAUCAGACUCGAAGGCAUCACCUCCCGCCACCAGGCCUCUCUCCUUACCGGCAAAUUCCUCGCUGCCCUCCCGGACUCGGAAGCCACUCUUGAGGAAGGCGAAUAUUUCCACUAUCAACUCAUCGGCCUGCAGGUCAUAACAGAAGACGGGGAAGACCUCGGGCAGUUGCAGGAGAUCUUGGAAACGGGCAGCAACGAUGUCUACAUAGUCAGAGGGCACUGGCGCUGA